AUGGGUACCGGCAAAAAAGAGAAGAUGAGGAAGGAGAAGCAGGGCAAAGUGGGAGACGGAAUGGCAAAUGUAAAGGUCAAAGGAGAGAAUUUCUACCGGACGGGCAAGCAGGCCAAGACGUUGAACAUGUUCAAAGAUGGGAAAGCGCAGCGGAAUGCCAACGGAAAGGUCACAAAAGCAGCCAGCUUUCAAAGUCGAGACAAACCGAAAGCCCGUGUCGAGCCCAAUCGAAAAUGGUUUAACGCCACACGGGUCAUUUCUCAGGACGCCCUCAACAAUUUUCGGGAUGCAAUGCAAGAAAGGGCUUCGGAUCCAUAUCAGAUUCUCCUCAAAUCCAAUAAGCUACCAAUGAGUUUGAUAAGAGAUGGCAAGGGCAAGAACGGGCUGAAGCAGCACCAAGCCAAGAUCGAGGUGGAGUCAGCGCCUUUCGGUGAUACUUUUGGGCCAAAGGCACAGCGGAAAAGGGUCAAGCUAGGAGUCGGGUCCUUGGAAGAUCUUGCGGGAGAGUCGACAAAAAUGCAUGUGACGUACCUGGAACGCCUGGAGCAAGCCAAGCUGCUGAGUGGGACAUCUGGCUCGGAAGAGCAGGCUGGUGAGGCCGCACCAGAAGACGCAGUCCUUUCCACAGCGAAGGAGCCCAUAUUCUCGAAGGGUCAAAGUAAAAGAAUAUGGAACGAGCUAUACAAGGUCAUUGACUCUUCGGACGUUGUUAUCCAUGUCCUAGAUGCACGGGAUCCUUCGGGCACGAGGUGUCGGAGUGUGGAGAAGUAUAUUCGCGAAGAAGCACCUCAUAAGCACUUGAUUUUCGUUCUAAAUAAAUGCGAUCUGGUCCCAACAGGUGUUGCCGCUUCAUGGGUGCGCGCACUAUCCAAAGAUUACCCAACUCUCGCCUUCCAUGCGUCGAUAACCAACAGCUUCGGCAAAGGAAGUCUAAUUCAACUCCUUCGGCAAUUCUCGUCCCUCCACUCCAAUCGCAAACAAAUUUCCGUCGGAUUCAUAGGUUACCCCAAUACCGGUAAAUCUUCGAUCAUUAAUACCCUUAGGAAAAAGAAAGUCUGCACGGUAGCUCCGAUCCCCGGAGAGACCAAAGUUUGGCAAUAUAUCACAUUGAUGAAAAGGAUUUACCUCAUAGACUGUCCAGGCGUUGUCCCACCAAGUAACAACGAUUCUCCCGAAGACAUCCUCCUCAGGGGAGUGGUACGGGUGGAGAACGUCGAGAACCCCGAACAGUACAUCGCCGCCCUCCUCAAAAAAACAAAACCGCAGCACAUCCAGCGUACAUAUGACAUUGGAGGGUUUGAGACAGCCACAGAAUUCUUAGAGCUGCUGGCCAGGAAGGGCGGGAGGUUACUAAAGGGUGGAGAGGCAGACGUUGAUGGAGCUGCGAAAAUGGUUUUGAAUGAUUUUGUGAGAGGGAAGAUACCCUGGUUCACGCCUCCGCCACUGGUAGAGGGGCAGGAAGGGGGAAAAGGCGUCGAAGGUCGGAAAGGGGUGUUAGGCGAGAUGGGCAAAGUCAGCAUGGCGCGGGAAGACGACGCUGCCACUGAAGGUGCGGAUGUCGAGAUGGAAGGGGUGGAUGAGGAUGGAGAUGAGGACGAAGAAGAAUUCGAAGGCUUCGACGAGCAAGAAGAUGAGGAGAUGGACUCCUCGGAAGAAGAGUCAUCAUCAGCAGACGAGCAGGACAUCGAGCAGAAUAUUGCUGGACAGAUUCCCACGACAGCCGGCGGAGUAGCACUCGAAGCUGGCUGA